ACACACACACAUUCAUUCAGUUCAAAGUUAGCUGGGUAAAGCUAGUGCUGGUGUGGAAAUAUCUCGUGCUCUCAGGAGGAAGUGGAGAGCUUGUGGUGUGAUAUAUCUGAGCCGGCUCUGUGAGUGUGUGAGAGGGUGUGUGAGUGUGUCCUCAUGGUUCUGCUGGUCCAGAGAAGGACAUGACGCAGGACAGAUCUGCUAACGGAAGGCAGCUGAAGAUCGUGAUCGUAGGGGAUGGAGGAUGUGGGAAAACCUCUCUGCUGAUGGUGUAUGCUAAAGGAGAUUUCCCUGAGACUUAUGCUCCAUCAGUGUUUGAAAAGUACAUGACCACAGUGAAACAUGGGGGGAAAGAGAUUCAGUUGAACCUGUACGACACAGCAGGUCAGGAUGAUUACGACCGGUUGAGGCCACUCUCCUAUCAGGAUGCGAAUCUCAUACUCGUGUGUUACGACGUCACAAACCCAACCAGCUAUGACAAUGUGUUAAUUAAGUGGUAUCCAGAGGUGAACCAUUUCUGCCGUGAUGUCCCUGUGAUUCUGAUUGGCUGUAAGACAGAUUUAAGAAAGGACAAAGAGAAGAUGAGGAAACUGAGAGCACUUGGCCUUGAACCAAUCACAUAUUCUCAGGGUGAGGAGACACAGAGGCAGAUGAAUGCUACACUCUACCUAGAAUGUUCAGCUAAACACCGAGAGAAUGUAGAGGACAUUUUUAAAGAAGCCACUAAACUGGCAUUGGAUCACAGUCGCAAAUCAAAACAAGUCCGUAAGAAAUGGAGGAAGUGCCAUAUAAUGUAAUGACAACAGGAGAAGCACAAUGUUCUUUAGUUUAUUUAGCUUUUUAUAUCUGAAUGACUGUAUAAAUCUCAAGGAAUUGUAAUGCAUUGUUAUAAGUGUUUAUUAUAAUGGAGAAGGUAAGAGGAUAUGCUGCUAUUGGCGUCUUAGCAUAUUAAAUGCCUGUUAAAUGAAGUGUCUUGUACAUGCUAGUGCAUGUUCACAAGUACAUAUUCAACCAGUUAUACAUUACACACAUUACUAUAAUUCAGUGCUCUUACAUCACAAAACUGAAAUACACUUAAUGUCUGGAGUUUUACAUCUUACAUUGUGUUCAUUCUGUAGGGCUUGAAACUUCUAGGUGUGUUGAUGAGGUUUCUCUCUCUUUACAUUCAAUAACUUCAUUACUGUCAUAAUAACUAUCAAUGUUACCAGUGAGGUCACCAGUGUGAUGCCCAUGGCUGUUAACCAAUACAGAGCUUCAUUCUAAUGGCGCAGUGCAAUCAGCAAAACUUAUUUGUGGUGUCAGUGACAAAAAUUGCCUUUUUGUGGUUCACCAAACCAUCAGCAAAUCCUCUUUGGACUUAACAAAUUAGUUCACCAAAAUGAGCAGCUAAGGGGAAGUGAUGAGGGAACACACAGGUUUAGCAGGUUCAUUUGGUGUUGUUUAAUUCUGGCACAGUUGGUGCAGUGUUGAGUCACUCACUGCAUUGACAUUCAACACUGCCACCACACUGCACUGGCUCAUAUGUUUCUCUGGAUAUUUAGAUCCGCAGCACCCCCUAGUGGGUAAUUAUGCUGCAUCUGACCAAUCACAAACCAAAAUUUCAUCAUGUGAUUUUAUUUCCACCACUCAAGGUGUUCCUGGACGUUUUUUAAAUUAUCAUUUAAAAACUGAAAAACAUAUAAAUUUGGUCAUAAUUUUUUUUCUUGUGAAUCUUAGGUCUAAUAAUUGAUUAUUAUGUUUUGAAUUUUUUGAAACUUUGAUCAAAUAAUAUUGACAGCGUAUUGUUCUACAUAAUAAUUGUAUAAUUGUAUAACAAUUAUUAUUAUUAUUAUUAUUACCUUUUAAAAAUUUAAUGUUUUUUUUUUCCAGACUAAAUCACCUUUAAUUAAUGAAAGCUGUAUUUUAGAAUGUAAUUAAAAUAUAUUUUAAAUAUUAUUCCAAAAUACAUUUUUUAAUUUUGUGCUAGCCUACCCUGAUAAAAAUCAGCUUUAACUCUC